UUCUGCGUACAUUGAUGACAUUAACACAACACAUCGAUUGCUAUUCACACUUCCCGAAGCAAAAAAUAUGUGUAACAAAUACUUUCAUCUCCAUUUCGUCGAUGUUAGUUUCACAUCAAUUCUUUAAAUUCAGAUCAUCGAACAGGAAGUCAACUCAUUCCUAAUAUACGCUUCAUUUCAUGAAAUAAACAAAUGUUCAACGGAACGAACAUAUUAUUUGUUUAUUUUUCCAGUCCAGCGUUGUGCUGCAUGCGUACAUUCUAUAUUUAGGACGAACACGAUGCCGCCGGUUCGUUGCAAACACAUACAAUAAACCGUUUCACGAAAAAAAAAUUCCAUGCGAAACACCAAAACACAGAUGUGAUUCAGUUGACCACAGUAUGAAUUCAAUGUGUUGUUUUGGCAAGGAACAAUGGCAGUUCACAGUUUUAACGCUGCUACUGUGUCGAUUGCACGAAAAAUGGAUUUAGCCACUGUGGUUUCUGUUUCCGUAUUCAUUUUUAAUGAAAGAUCAGCAAAACUAGUGAUAAUCGUUUGUUCUUUUUCCACCGUAAGACAGUGAGUGUAUACAAUGGGACGAUUUUGUGUGCUAAAAAAGCAAAGACAUGUUUGCGGCGAAUUUUGUUCAUGUUACCGUUGUGAUACAAAACUAACUGGACAUUUGCAAAGUGGCACUGCUAACAUUUUGACACAACGAAAUUAGCGGAUCAUUUGACAGACUCGGUGACAUCGAUGAGUCGAUGUGAAUUUCAUCAUACGACCGCAACGAAACACAACGAAGCGAAUCGAAUUCAGUCAGACGAGUUGCAUUGCCUGCUGAUCCAAAAUGCCGAAGAGAAAGGGUACACCACUUCGCGGUAACCAGCGGAAAAAGAAGAAAAUAGUCAGCAAAACGGGUAUUGAAGGAGAAAUCGGCAUUCUAGCGAUAAAAAUGACAUUGAAGGCUAUCGUUCGACCACAAUAUUAUCAACAAGUGAAAGAUUGGUUCACCCAAAAGUCGAUUGAAUGCACCAAAAUCUGCGCGUUAGCUUCGCUGCUCUUCCUGUACAAAGUUAAGAGUGCCAACGAAAGUAAUAAUGCGGACUUCUUCAGUGGUGAUGGCAACAAGGAAAUUAAGGAUUGUUUUUAUGCAGUUUUACAAAAAAACAAAGAGAAGGAAGAAAUGGUUCCAGAUUUUCGUGAUUUCGUGGAGAAUAUGGAGGCCGAAAACCGAUUCAGUUGGCCGGGUAAUAGCUUCUUCGGAAACCAGAUGCAAUACCUCUACAAGCAAUACACCACGAAUUUGCGCAACAAUUUGGAGAUGCAUGCCGAAAGACGCCUGUACCAAUAUCUCAUAAUGCGUGCGUGGCAAUUUAACGCUGUUUCAACUGGCCCCACAUUACGCAACGAUGAUAUCAAGCGUGCCGUGCAAUGGACCAUCGAUCGGUAUGAUCCCAUCAAAACAACCGACCGACAUUGGGAAGUAAAGUGGGAGAAGCGCCAAUUGCUUCUCGAUAUGAUUGCGGAAAUUGGCGGGCCAGAAGAUAAUGAUGUCGCAAUAUACACAACAUCGGAAGGAACAUGGUUCAAAUCAAUCAACAUGUGGUUGACUAUGCAAAUGGAGGUGGACAAUUUCCACAUUUGGGCUGAGGAAAAUGGCAUUGAAAUUCCGAAGAUCAAAAAUCUCAAAGUCAUUCCGAUUCAUCAGUUCAUGCGACAGCACGUGAAAAUGGAGACGGACGUUCUCAUUCGAAUGAUGUCCGAAAUGCGAUUCAGAUUACAUGGUCUAAUAAUCAAGUACGAAAUUGUGGAGGACCCCAUGACGCAGUGUUGGGAUGAGAUUUUCGAUAUGCCAAAGAUACAUCGCCUGUUGAAAUCAAACAAACGUUUCCGGCCCUACAUUGCCUCGAAUGGUCAAGCGGUAUCCAUUAUGUACGAAGUACCGAAGAGUCACCUGGAUCGUUUAGUAGACGAUGAAAUCGUGCGGAAACGGUAUCGUGAUGGUGUGUACGUAUACGAGAUUGGGAUUGAUCCCGGCAUGCGUACCUGGAACGCGACAGUCAGACGGAAUAUCAAAACUGGCAAAGAGGUGAGUUGCAUUUUAGUUUCAAUUUGUGUUUGUGUUGUCUCAAAUCGUGUGAUUGAGUGCAUUAUUUCAUUUUUUAUCAUUUUCCCACAGAUCAACUUCACGGUCAGCUCGAAGAGGUACCAUUAUCUGGCCAGGCAGGGUGUUCGGGAUAGGAAGGCAAAGCGAUGGACAAGGCGAUUUGUGGCCGAAGAACAGCAUGACCGUGAACGCUAUCAACGGAUGCCAUCGCCAAAAGGUGAAAAUUGGGGGUCUUACAUCGCACAUCGUUUGACAAUGCUGAAGAAAGGAAUUGAGACGUAUACAACAGAAAAAUACGCCCGUCUGCAAUUUGACAAAUACAUCCAAUCAAACCGUGCAACCGAUAAGAUUGCUAAUUUACUGACAAAUCGCAAACCAUCCAUCAUUCACAUGGGAGCCGUUGAUAUGCCGGCGAAUUCUCCGAUCCGAAUCAAGAAACAUGUUCGUUGUCCAGGCAACCGUAAGUUGGCAAAGAGCUUCAGAAAGAUUCCGAACACCGUCGUGCGACAAGUCAACGAGAACAGAACAUCACAGCUUUGCGGUAGAUGUUUCACCCCGUUCGACAUAGCAACACAACGUGAUCGAAUGAAAGUAUGCGAAUGGUGCCUGCCAGAUAACGAUGAUUGGCCACCAAAUUUGCAGUUACCAACGAAAAUCGUGUCGAAGAAGAGCAAGCGCACGCUGAUAGCGGAUCGACAACGAAUGCGUGAAGCAGUGGAACAGGAUCCAAAUCAAGCUGAACGUUUUGUGUCUAAGGUGAUUUCAUACCAGAAAAACUGGCAACAAAGCGCAGCAAUCGAUGAGGACGCGGACCCUGCCGAGCAAGAGGAUGCAGCAGAGUCACAUGAUCGUCGCAUUUUGAAGACUUGUUGGCAUCGAGACAUCACUGCUGCGAAGCUGAUCUUAUACAAAGGCCACUGUCACCUCUUCGGAAUUCAGCUGCACUUCAUGUUCACAAUUGAACGAAUCAGAUAGAAUAAGAAAUAAGAAAUGUCAAUUAGAAUAGAAUUUUUUCAAACAACAUUUUUGUAAUAGCGUAUUA